CAAUGGCAGCUUGGCUUAGGCUUUGCUUCCUUAACGGUCUCGAUCGUCUGUCACUCGUUAUAUUUCCUAUAGUCAUCGUGUAUAUAUAGAUAUAUACGGUUACUACCCGCAACCAUGAAGGUCUCUGUCGCUCUUUUUGUAUCGGCCGUAUCAGCCGCGUCGAUCCCGGCCGUCCAGCAAGGUCUGCCGCUCAACACUUUCGGAGAGGUCCAUUCCAUCUCCAUCGAGGAUGCCAUCGCCAAGAUCGAUCUCCUCGGAACUAACUUCAGCGCUCUGCCGAUCUCGACCAAGGCCAAGGAGAUCCUUCAUGAUGUUUUCGGCCUCUCCAACGACGAGAAGAUGAGCACCGCGAGUGUCGACAGCACCGCCGCCAACGGCGACUGCGCCAACCCGGCUAUCCGCUACGAGUGGGACAACUACUCCUCCUCGGACAAGCAGGCUUUCGUCGAUGCCAUCCAGUGCUUGAUCAAGAAGCCCGCCUCGGGCAACUUCUCCCCGGCGAAGAACCGGUACGAGGAUUUCGUGCGCCUGCACCAGUCGUACUCGCCCAACAUCCACAGCCCGUCUACGACUAAGCAGACGCACAAGUUCCUGCUGUGGCACCGGUACUACGUGUGGGCUUUCGAGCAGGUUCUCCGCGACGAGUGCGGUUUCGACAGGGCGAUGCCGUGGUGGGACGAGAAGAAGUGGGCUGGAAAGUUCGCCCAGGCGACUAUCUUCACUGACCAGUACUUUGGGACCCUGCCCGGUCCCAACAACGGCGCUGCUGUCUGUAUUAACACCGGAAAAUUCGCCGGCCUGCAGCUAAGUCUCGGACCCGGCAUGGCCGUCAACAACCCCCACUGCCUCCAGCGUGCCGUCAACGAGCAGACCACCACUCAGACCGGCACGAACGCCUGGAACGCCUGCAUGUCGCGAACUUCGUACCCUGACUUCCACAGUUGCGUCGAGUUCACUUUCCACGCUCAAGGCCACAACGGUGUUGGCGGUCUGAUGGCCGAUGCCAUUGCCUCGCCCGGCGACCCGACCUUCUUCAUGCACCACUUGUUCGUAGACUACGCGUUCCGCAAGUGGCAGAUCGACGACGUGUCGCGACGCACGAGCAUCAGCGGGUGUGCCGACAGCGCCACCUGCUCGCCGUUGACCAUGGACACCAUGGUCUACAUCGGCAACAUCUGCGGCUCCAAGUGCCCCGACCUCAAGGUCCGCGACCUCCUCAACACCCAGCAGGGCCACUUCUGCUACCGCUACGACUACUAAGCGUGUAGCUUUUUCUCUCCCCGUGAUAUGAACAACCCACUGUACCUAGAAAACACUGCCAUGGCUUAGACGAGGGGUCGGCGCGUGCCGGACGCAAAAUAAGAUACCAAACAACUACCAACAACCAACAACACACAUCUACCUGACCCACGUAUAUAGAAACUAAUACUAUUGUAAUUAGACAAAUCUACCUCUAAUGUUCAAUGGCACGAUUCCCUCACGCUACUGACUCGACGUAACACCAUAUCUUCGUAGACUACCUAAAAGACUCAACUCCUGUAUGUAGCCGUACUAGCUUAUCGUACAUGACAUGGCCCCGAUAGCCUAGUAAACA